UUUAACUACGUUAAAUUAAAAAAAAUAAUAUGAGCCACUACACAAUGAAUCAUAAUGUAUAUAAUUAUUUUACCAAUUAAUGUUAUCGAACACUUAUGCCUCUAUAUCCGAUAGUAUUUAACUAAAAUAUCAUAUUUAGUGUAACCACUUAGUCGUUGACGUGUAGAAGGUAGUAAAGUACUUGCCUACCGUUGAUGUAGUUAUUUAUUCUCCAAUCAUUAUCAUAAUAUCAUUCUCGAUUGGAAUUCAGACCUGUUGCAGUCGUCUCGUGUCGUCAUGGGGUUUUUGAGUUUCAUUGGACUCAUUGUGGUGUUAAAGUUCCUAGUGUAUUUCGUGUUGUUCUUUACCAGUGACACCGACUUGGAACUCUGGUUUUAUGACAAGUUCAAAAGAAAUUUUGAUUCAUUUAAAGACAAAGUAGUUUGGAUUACUGGUGCUUCUAGUGGAAUUGGUGAACACAUAGCAUUAAACCUUUCUAAGCAUGGUGCUAAACUUAUUUUAUCUGCUAGAAGUAAAGAUAAAUUAUAUCAAGUUAAAAACCGUUGUAUUGAACUCAGUGAAGGAAAGCUAACUGCUAAUGAUAUACUUGUAUUACCAAUGGAUGUCACCAAUAUAUCUAAACACAAUUCAUUGUUUGAUAAUGUCAUCAGUCAUUUCGGCAAACUUGAUAUCCUUGUAAACAAYGCGGGUCGUUCACAACGAGCCAUGUGGGAAGAUAUUGAACUUGGAGUCGAUCAAGAAUUAUUUGAUUUAAAUGUUUUUCCUGUAAUAAAUCUAUCAAGAAUUGCUGUAAAAUAUUUUAAUCAAGUCGGACGUGGUCAAUUAGUGGCCACUUCUAGUAUUGCAGGAAUUAUACCAGCUCCAUUUUCUGCAACCUAUGAUGCAACUAAACACGCACUUCAUGGCUAUUUUGGAGCUUUACGUUUAGAAAAAUUGCAUUCUAAUAUUCAUGUUACUCUUCUAUGUCCGGGCCCCGUUUUUAGCAAUUUUCUCAAAGAAAGCUUCACAGGUCGACCAGGAGAAAAAUAUGGAUUGACUCAUUCGCCAACAGACAAUAGAAUGAGUACUGAGAGAUGUGCACAUUUGUCAUGUGUGGCAAUAGCAAAUAAACUAAAAGAAUCAUGGAUGGCAAAGUUUCCAUUUAUUCUAAUCGUAUAUUUUACAAUAUAUUACCCUGUGAUAGCAUACAAAUUUUAUGAACUCUACGGCUACAAAACCAUUAAUAAAUUGCGAGACAAUCAAUGAAUAAGAUUUCAAAACUUACAAAGUUGAAGAUAUUUACAAAUUUUCUUAUAUUUGUAUCUAUUCAUUUUAUCAUUUUUUUUCAACAAAUUUAAAUACAAAUACA